GCCCGACCGCUCCGCCCAGGUUGGAAACCCUGCGCCAGAGUUUUUCCUGUGUCCCUCAGGGUGCCAGUCUGGUCCCGCCGCCUCGGCCAUGGGCCUGGAGCUCUACCUGGACCUCUUCUCCCAGCCCUGCCGCGUCAUCUACAUCUUCGCCAAGAAGAACGGCAUCCCCUUCCAGCUGCGAGCCGUGGAUCUGCUCAAGGGCCAGCACCUGUGUGAUGCUUUCGCCCAGGUGAACCCCCUGAAGAAGGUGCCAGCCUUGAAGGAUGGGGACUUCACCUUGACUGAGAGUGUGGCCAUCUUACUCUACCUGACGAGCAAGUAUAAGGUCCCCGACUACUGGUACCCUCAGGACCUGCAGGCACGUGCCCGUGUGGAUGAGUACCUGGCAUGGCAGCACACUGCCCUGAGGAGAAACUGCCUCCGGGCCCUGUGGUAUAAGGUGAUGUUCCCUGUGUUCCUGGGUGAGCAAGUGUCUUCUGAGCUGCUGGAAGCCACCUUGGCAGAGUUGGAUGAGACCCUGCAGGUGCUCGAGGACAAGUUCCUCCAAAACAAAGCUUUUCUCGUUGGACCCCAGAUCUCCCUGGCUGACCUGGUAGCCAUCACGGAGCUGAUGCAUGCUGUGGGUGCUGGCUGCCAAGUCUUCCAAGGCCGACCCAAGCUGGCUGCGUGGCACCGGCGAGUGGAGGCCGCCGUAGGGGAGGGCCUUUUCCAGGAGGCCCAUGAAGUCAUCCUGAAGGUCAAGGACUCUCCACCUGCUGACCCCACCAUAAAGCAGAAGGUGAUGCCUAGGGUGCUGGCCUUGAUCCGGUGAGCUUGGAAGUCUCAUCUUUGCCCUGCCCUUGGCAGUUCACAAAGCACCUUUAUCUCCACUGUCUCUUUCGGGGCAGGCCCAGAGGGCUGGAGUGGCUUGCCCUAGAAAUACCACACCUCGGCCCCCAGGCCAGAGCGCCAUCCCCACCUUCUCUUCUAUAGUAGCCAGAAAACCACCAAUGACACACAUCCAGGCCUUUAAUCACUACAUUUUAAAUUUGCAUAAUAAACGUAGACUCACUGUGA